AGUGUAAAUUCAAAGGAGAUGGAUCUGUAAAGAGAUUUGAAGAUAACGAAGAGGCGGAGUGAUAUGUUACCCGACUAACAUCGUUGCAUGUCACGGCUCCUCCGAUGACAACAACAACAAAACACAAAAGUGGCUCGAUAAGUGGAGGCGCCGCUUUUAAUGAAUCGAUUAUUCUCCACUCUCGAUUAUAGUCUUGUAUUGUUGGUAGUUGGUUGCAUGUUGUGUUGUUCGUGAGUUCGUGGAGAAAUGGAGAUGAGUUUGGGUAUCAGACUAACCUUUAUCGAUUAUUCUCUUCUUUUAACGAAUCGAUUAAUUUAUCUGACGAUAUCUAUGGACUUGGUUUUAUUAUAAAAUAAACAUAUACCAUAGGGACAAUGCUUAUUUAAUAAAAGAAUCUCACAUGAACAUUAUUGUGUAUUGACUUGGUUUUGUUUUAUAGAAUAAGUGCAUAUUUGAUUUUGGUAGCUACUUUAAUUCUUAGUCUUCCAAGUUUCACAAACUAAUAUAACUAAUGUGGUUAAUGUGGGUUACAAAGUAUUUUGAAAAAAUAAAUAUAACUAAUGUGGUUAAUGCGGGUUUUGUGGGUAGACCACUGUGGGUAGUGGUUAACCACUAACCACAAAAAUUAAUAUUUUGAUACCCACACCCAACCCACUAUCCACAAAUUGUUGAUAUGGGUAUCCACAAAGUGUGCGGUUUGGUGCGGUUUGCAGGUUACCCGCAACCCGCAAACCAAACUUCCACCCCUAGUAUCAAUGCACAUUUCACUUUGACAAUUUUUUAUUGUUUCAUAUAAUGUCAUAUAUGUCUUAUUUUGCAUAUUAAAUUAUUAAAAUUAUAAAUUUUGUUCUCGUAUAUAUAAUAGAUUGGGUUCCCACCCAACCCGACCCAAACCCUGACUCAAGACAUCCGUAGGGUCUUGAAAUUAAUGAGUAGAUUUGGAUUUACAAUAAUUCAACCCAUGAUUCAUUUGAUCUGGUAGUUAAAAUGCUCGAAAACCGAUAGUACAUAUCAUCCACCCUCCUAUUUGGAAAAAGACUUGGAAUAUCCAAGUCCCGCCUAAGCUCAAAUUUUUCAUAUGACAAUGCCUCAAAGUCAUACUUCCCACAAUAGCGGCCCUUCAAACUCGUGGAGUAAACUGCGUUAACCGAUGCCCUGUCUGCUGGAGACAUCGAGAAAGCAUUGAACAUUUAUUCUUCAAAUGCCCACUAGCCAUCAGAUUGUGGACUUUAGUGGGAUUGAGCAACUUUAUUGAGACCGCCCAGACUGUUAACUUUAGUCUAUGGUGGCGACGUGUCAUGGUCUCUAAGACCUCCCCAUUCCACAUUCUCCAAUGAGUCUGUUUACUUUGGAGAAUCUGGAAGUCUAGAAAUAAAUGACCUUCGAAUUUUACCAACCUCAUGUCUGUUUCCUAGCCAUACAGUUCUACAACCAGGUCCUCGAAGUCUCCAAUCUUCUCCUUCCUCCUCCACCCCGCAGCUCUCUACUCCCAAACCAUCCUACCACCACUUGGGUCCCUCCGCCAGAAGACUUUUUGAAGAUCAACUUCGACGCUGCUGUUAGUGCCACCGAGUGUUCGUCUGGUCUUGUUAUUCGUGGGUCAGAUGGGCAUGUGGUAUUGGCGUUCGGGCUGCAGCAUCAAGGAAUAGUCAAUCCUUACUUGGAAGAGCUUCUAGCCUUUAGAGAUGCUAUCUCCAUCGUAGCCUCAAGAUCCUUGACCCGCGUGAUAGUCGAAGGUGAUUACGAAGUGGUCGUCAAGGCGUCAUAGAAGACUCGAUUGGUGGUCCGGUGUUACGAGAGUGUCAUCAGAUCCUUAGCUCUUUGUCUGUUUGUAUAGAGUUUAGGGCGGUACCUAGGUCCGCCAACAGUGCUGCCCAUAGAGUGGCGCGUAAAGCACUGCUUUUGUCUCAUUUAAAGCUAGAAUCUUUUGAUUUUUUGGGGUGACUUCUUUAGAGUCUUUAAGGGGUCCCGGGUAGAAUUGUAAGUUUAACUAUUAUCCUCCAUUGAUAUCACUCAGAAAUAAAAAAAAAACUCAACCGAGCCAUGUACAACUAUAAUGAGCUUAGCUCUAGCUUUGGUAAACCUCAGUUCAACUCGGUUUAUUUAUUUUGUUGAGAAAAAUCGACAUGAUUUCAUUGAAAUCAAGGAAAAUCUAAGAAGCUACAACAUCAGCUAUCUGAGUAGAGAUAAUAUCAAACUAAACUCUAUUGUAACUUGUUAGACAAAUCCCACAUCUACAAAGCACGAGAGAGAUCCAUGGUUCCUAAGUAAGAAACCAACCUUCACUGACAAGACGUGUUUUGGGUAGGGAUGGUAAUUUCGACCUGACGCAUUUUACUCGACCUGUUUGGCCUGUUAUGGGCGGGUCCGACCCGCCCCGUAGGCAGGGCAGGGCGGGCAUACGUACACUCAUCAACCCGACCUGCCUGACCGCCCCAUUCUCGACCUGUUCUUCCCAAGGUUCUAAAAAGCGCGCCUUGGCACUCGCAUAAGCUCGUCAACGCACAACUCAGAAGGAAAACGCAUCGCCUUGGCCAAAAGCAGGGAACAAGACGUCACAAUCAUGUUAUGGCCUCAACGGUGCCUAGUCAGUAUUGAGUUGUGCCUCAAAGUGAUGUCCAGGAGCAACUCAGAAGGAAAACACCUCUACCUUUUGAUAUGCUACUAGGUUAUAGAGGAAUCAAGACUGUCCUUCCUUUUAAUUCUCCCCCUCCUGAUUGUUUCUACCCGUUAGGCUAGAGUUAGAGACAACCAUUUUUAGAGUAACUUCUUCUUUCUUUAUAGCGCUUCUUCGCUGCUAUUUUCCAACUUCUUAUUCGUUUCUCAUUUCUGCACUCUAGGUUUUAUACUUUACCAUGUAGUGUUGAUCAAGGUUUAGAAAUGAGAGGUAGAUGCGAUGAUAUUGGUUCAUAAACUUGUGAUUCUAGG